AUGGAAGCGAUACAAACAGUUGGGUUGUCAAAUGAUGACUGUGGCCAGGAGGCUAGAAGAGUAUUGGAAGAGCUAGAGAUUUUGAUGUAUGCUUUGGAAUUAGAAAUUGUUGAGGAAGAGUUCUGGAAGAAUGGGAUUUUUGAGAGGGCGA